CCGGGCUGUCCCCUCCCCCACGUGGAGCAGUGCCCUGACUAAGCCCGGAGCUGCCGGGUGCGGCGAUGCGGCCCCUGACGGAGGAGGAGACCCGGGCCCUGUUCGAGAAGCUCGCGAAAUACAUCGGCGAGAACAUCCAGCUGCUGGUGGACCGGCCCGACGGCUCCUACUGUUUCCGCCUGCACAAGGACCGGGUUUACUACGUCAGUGAGAGAAUCUUGAAGGUGGCGACCAGCAUCCCUGGGGACAAGCUGGUGGCACUGGGCACCUGCUUUGGGAAGUUCACCAAGACCCAGAAGUUCCGGCUCCACGUCACUGCCCUGGAUUACCUGGCUCCCUAUGCCAAGUAUAAAGUGUGGGUGAAACCUGGAGCAGAGCAGUCCUUCCUUUAUGGGAACCACGUGCUGAAAUCUGGCCUAGGCCGCAUCACCGAGAACACAGCUCAGUACCAGGGUGUGGUGGUGUAUUCCAUGGCCGAUGUUCCUCUGGGUUUUGGAGUAGCAGCAAAGUCUACCCAGGACUGCCGGAAAGUGGACCCCAUGGCGAUCGUAGUGUUUCAUCAGGCUGACGUUGGGGAGUACGUGCGGCAUGAGGAGACGCUUACUUAA